CAAAACUGAUAGGUUGCUACGAUUGUUUGAAGUCUGUAGUUUAUGUUUUCUCUGGUGCUAUUUUUUCUAUUGGAGAUUUAGUCUGGAUUAUCUUUUAAAAUGGAGGAUUAAAUACCUUAAGUCUUUAUACAAAAGAAGAAAUGACUGAUGAACAUGAGUCUACUUGUAUAUAUAAUUUAAGUGUUUCUACAAAAGAAGAAAUGACUGAUGAACAUGAAUCUACUUGUAUAAAUGAUUUGAGUGUUUCUACAAAAGAAGAAAUGACUGAUAAACAUGAGUCUACUUGUAUAAAUAAUUUAAGUAUUUCUACAAAAGAAGAAAUUACCGAUGAAUAUGAGUCUACUUGUAUAAAUAGCUUAAGUGUUUCUAUAAAAGAAGAAAUGACCGAUGAAUAUGAGUCUAAUUGUAUAAAUAAUUUAAGUAUUUCUAUAAAAGAAGAAAUUACUGACGAAUAUGAGUCUACUUGUAUAAAUAAGUUUAGUGUUUCUAUGAAAGAAGAAAUAACUGAUGAAAAUGAGUCUGCUCACACUAGCAAAAGAAGGCAUUUCAUAAAAGAAGAAAGAACUGAUGAAAAUGAGUCUGAUCGAGGACUUAUUCCUAUGAAACAAGAAGAAGAACUUCUUAUUUCAGAUGUGGGUACUAUGGAUUCCCACGACAAAAUAACUGAGAUUAGUGGAGGUCGCAUAACAACCUAUGCAUACAACGCUUUUAAGAAUCCAGCUCAUUCAAUGCCUUCCGAUACAAGUGAGAUGAUUUAUUAUAACUGUCAUGAUUGUGGUGGUUAUGUAAGAUUAUCAGCUGAUAAUUUAAAGUUACAUGUAACAUCACAUCAGAAAAAUAAGAAGUCUUCUCAAUCUGAUUCAUCAGAUAUGAUGGAAGUAGAUAAAAUGUCUCAUCAAUGUCAUAAUCAAUCUUUUCAUUCUGAUCCGAAAUAUGAAACAUCUGAACUUAUGGACAAACAGAAAAAGGUCCUCCAUAGAGAUAAAAAACCUCAUAAAUGUCCUCAUUGUGAUUAUAAAUCAACAUUAGCAACAGAUUUAAAAACUCAUAUAAUGGCUCGUCAUACUGGUGAAAAGCCUUAUCAUUGUCCUUAUUGUAAAUAUAAAUCAGUAUCUGGUGGGAAUUUGAAAAAACAUAUUAUGGCCUGUCAUACUGGUGAAAAGCCUCACCAAUGUCCAUAUUGUGAAUAUAAAUCAGUAUAUGCAGCAAGUUUAAAAAUACAUAUAAUGGCUCGCCAUACUGGUGAAAAGCCUUAUCAAUGUUCUUAUUGUAAAUAUAAAUCAGUAUCUGGUGGGAGUUUGAAAAAACAUAUUAUGGCCUGGCACAUUGGUGAAAAGCCUCACCAAUGUCUAUAUUGUGAUUAUAAAUCAAUAAAAGCAUCAGAUUUAAAAAAUCAUACAAUGGCUCGUCAUACUGGUGAAAAGCCUUAUCAUUGUUCUUAUUGUAAAUAUAAAUCAGUAUAUGGUAGGAGUUUGAAAAAACAUAUUAUGACCUGUCACACUGGUGAAAAGCCCCAUCAUUGUCCUUAUUGUGAAUAUAAAUCAGCAUAUAGUAGUUCUGUGAAAUAUCAUAUUAAGUCCCAUCAUACAGGAGAAAAACCUCAUCAAUGUAUUCAAUGUGAUUAUGAAUCAAUAACUCCUGGAGAAUUAAAAAGACAUAUAAUGGUCCGUCAUAUUGGUGAAAAGCCUCAUCUGUGCCCUUUUUGUGAAUAUAAAGCGGCACAAACAUCUAAUUUAAAAAAUCAUAUAAUGACCCGUCAUCCAGAUGAAAUUCCUCAUAAAUGUCUUCAUUGUAAUUGUAAAUUUGUAGAUCCAUAUCAGUUAAAAUAUCAUAUAUUGGCCAGUCAUACAGGUGAAAAGCUUAGUCAAUGCCCUCAAUGCAAUUAUAAGUCAUUGACUUCCACAGCAUUGAAAAAACACAUAUUGGCCCAUCAUACAGGUGAAAAGCUUCUUCAGUGCUUUCAUUGUGAAUUCAGAACACGUUACCGACCACUAUUGAAAACUCACAUGAGGGCCUGUCAUAAAGUUUAGAAGUUGUGGUUACUACCCUUAAUCUAUCUUUAAUAUGCAGAAAAUUAAUGAUUAAACGUCAUCCCUGCAUUUCUUUUUAUUUACUAUUUAAAACUUUUAUUAUUAUCAUGAAAACAUAACAUAAUUUCAAUUUUUUUAAAAAAUAUCAAUUAGUGUAUUUUAGAAAUGUUAAAUUACCAACAUAGAAGACAACUUGAAUGUAUGAAAAAAUAAAAU